UGACGUCACGUGAACUGCCCGUGUCCGUUCCAGCUGAGGGCGCGAGCCUGAGAGAGGACUGGAGGACGCGGCCCAAACAGACCCGAGCUCGUGCGCCCGUGACUCGCAUCCACCGGAUACAAAAAAAAAAAAAAAGUACAGACAGAGGAAGCGACCCCCGCCUCCUCCACCCCUCCUCCUCCUCCCAGCCUGACGGACAGGAGAGCGCGACAGCACAGGAGAGAACAGCAAUACAACUUGUCAUCUGACCAACACAGCCACUGCGCUCGGCUCUGCGUGUGUUUAUUCACACACUGUUUUCCCUACGGUGGCUUUGUUUUGACAGAGGAAGUGUUUCUUUGGGGAUCUCUGCACCGCCAACUCGGGAUAUUAUUCUUCAAGUUUUAAUUGUGACAUUUCGCUCACUGUAAGCGAUUUUCCAUUGUCGGUUUCUCGCCUUUGCGUGUUGUCCUUUUCUUUUUCUUUUUUUCUGGAAUGGAAAGUGUUCCUCCUCGGAUGGUUUGACUGUCCCUCCCACACCGCUCCGUGGAGAAUAACAGCUCGAUCCAGUGAACAUCAGCAACUCAAUUGCAAUGGAAUACUUCGACGAGAAUAUUUUUGUGAAGAAAUAAGGAAGUCUGCAAAGCUACAAGUCCAAGUCAUCCAGUACUUGUCCCAUUGGUAGGUACUCCGGCCAGCUCGCCUCGCCCCUUCAAGUGCUCCAGGUGUUUUUCUGCGACCCCCUCUGGUCCAGGAUGUCCAGGCAGCUCUCCCAGCUUCCAACCCCUGACCUCCCAGCUGGGGCUAGCCCACAGUUUGGAAGUUGCAAUCAGCCAGCAGGCUCCCUUACAGGAGGGCACCACAACUCUAUGGCAGGUCUGAAGUCCCUCUUGCAGCACCCCAUGAAAGGAGACCAGCGUUCAAAAAACACAUGUGAAGUGAAAGGAGACAAAGACAGACUGGACCUUGAUGAAGACUCUUUGGGAGUGUGCCCCAUGAGGAAUGGCAGUGGAAUAGCAAGCAGUAACAACAGCAACGGCUGUGGAGGAGGUGGUGGUGGCAAUGGAAGUGGAAAUUUCAACCAGUUCCUGGGGCCUCUCCUGUGGGAUCGCACCCUGCCUGCAGAUGGGGGCCUCUUCCAGCUUCAGUACAUGGACUUGGAGGAGUUUCUGACCGAAAAUGGAAUGGGCAGCAUGCAUAACAAUAACAGCUCCAGUUCAGCCCAGAUCCCCUCACAGAGCCCCCAGUCAGCUGUGCCCAACCAGAGUUCCCAGUGCCUACCACCCUCAUCCCCACCUGGAUCGUCAUCAUCAUCAUCUCCCUCCUCCUCUUCCUCUCCAUCUCUCAUUGGUUUGGAGGUGGCUCAGCCUCAGAAUCUCACCGGAGGAACCGACUGUCUGCAUGGGAGUCAAACGAACGUGAACGACUCCUGCGAAUCGCCCUCCUCGUCCUCUUCGUCCUCCUGUCCGCCUCUGCUGACGCCCACAGGCAGCGGGCCGGAUGGGAUCGGGAUGUUCGACAUGGAUCCUUCGGACAUGGCCAACAUCGCAAACCAGCCGAACUUCGACCCCCGGAGGCACUCCUUCAGCGAGGAGGAGCUCAAACCACAGCCAAUGAUCAAGAAGGCCCGGAAGGUCCUGGUGCCUGAUAACAUGAAGGAUGAGAAGUACUGGACCAGGAGGUAUAAAAACAAUGAAGCCGCAAAGCGUUCCCGAGACGCACGCCGUCUGAAGGAGAACCAAAUAUCCGUGCGCGCAGCCUACCUGGAGCGGGAGAACGCCGCCCUGCGACAGGAAGUGGCCGAGAUGAGGAAGGAACUGGGCCGGUGUCGCAACAUCCUUAGUAAAUACGAGAACCGCUUGGCUGACCAGUGAUGCCAGCGCGCAGACAAAUCAGGAAAACGGAAUUUAAGCUGGAUUCAAUUCAAGACUGAAUUUCAGGGUCGGCAUUGCUGGACUUAACGGGGUGAACAUGAUGGUGAUGAUGAUGAUGAUGAGUCAGAUGAUGAUGAUUAUGAUGAUGAAUGUAUAAGACGAGGAGAAGGUCUGCGUAUCGAUGCUCAGGUGUCUUUUGUUGAGGUUUCAGCUCUUAAAAGUUGAUGGAUAGAGAGAAUAAUUUAACAGAAGACAGAUGUGACUUUUAAGAGUUUUGUUAUCGGAGAAUUGUAUAUUUUUAUAAUACUUCAGAAAAAAAUUAGAGGGAGAGCAAAUUUGAAGAAUAAUUUUGUAUAUUUUCUACAUGUCUGGGAAAUAGAGACGGGAAAGCUACAGUUAAAACCUUUUUAUUAUAGACGAGUCAGCAGAUGUUUUAACAGGCUGUCAGCCAUCGAUGGGUAUUUUUUUGAUUAUUCUAGUCAGAAUGCAGCAGCAGCAGCAGCAGCAGCGUUGGGGACGCAUGUAACAUUUGUAAUAUAGAGAGCAAAUUAUCUUAAAAUGGUAUAGUUCGAUAUUUUGUGGAUUUUACUCAAGCACUUAAUUUUUUUUUUUUUUUUUUUUUCCUGUCAUGUUUUCGUCACUGGGAAUGGGCAUGCUCAAGAGAGACAGAAUGAGAGACAUGAGGAAACACAUGUAUACAAUCUACCAUUUAUCCUCAACACUUGUCUGCACCAGCCUCAUGUGUUCCUAUUAAGCUAAACAAAUUCAUCCUCUUUUAUUGUCGUCGGUUCCACAACAAUAUAAGCUCUUGUUUAUCAGUUUUAACUAUCUGAAAGUGGUCUCGAGUCCAUGUUUAUAUCUUUUUCCUCGAUCCCAGUGGAGUGCUUUCGGUCUCCUCUGGUGUUAGGUGUUUUCGCCUCAACAUGUCAAAGGCUGCUGUGAUGCACCGGGUUACUCUUCUCCUUUUCAUCCUCUCUUCCAGAGGAUCUCUCUCUGUGUUUCCAGACCCACCGUCUCUAUUUCUGUCUGCUCCCACUUACAGCAGGUCUCCUCACAGUUAUGUGCAAACUCUUCCUAUAAUAUUUUGUCCCUGUGACACUCUCGUACCUGCAGCGGUACAUUAAAUCUCAGUGUUGUAACGUAUUCUAAAAUAGUAGUCGAUCUACCCAGUAAAACGCACAUGGUUACUUUGCUGUACUUUAUGAACACACUUUAAUCAGCAUUAACACCGGGGAGGGGAGGGGUGGGGGGAGAAAUGUUGUGUAUAUUGGAAAAAAGCCUAUGCUAUUUUGUGUGUUUUAUGUAUUCCAGGAGAUGGGCUAAGUGCCCCCAUUGAGUGGAAUUUUGUUAAUUUCUCAGAUUUCUGGGAGAACUAAAAGCCAAAAUUUCCUACGUCGAUCCACAGAGCUUGUUGCUAUUUAGUGCUUUUUUUCAAUACUGCUCCUUCCUUACUGUUUACUCCUGUUAUUGCUCUUUACUUUUUACUGUAUCUAUGAGUUUCUCUGUGUAUCCACAGCACCUACACAGGGGCAUGGUAGACUAUGUUAUGUUCCUGGGGAAGGGAUGACUAGUAAUAGAGUGUGCUUUUAAUCCCCUUAAUGACCAUGAUGAAUAGUUAUCAUUACAACUAUUAUUAUUGUUAUGAUUAUGAUGAUUAUCCCUCUUAUUGUUGUUGUUCUAUAUUAUUGAAUGUUUUUCUUUCUUUGGAUGAACAUGAUCUGUUGCACCUUGAAACAUCUUCGAUCUCCAGUAUUCCUCAGAAAGACUAUUCAAAUGGAGCAAACCCUCAGUCUCUGCUACGCCUCCUUUCUCACCUCCAGCCGGUCAACAUUACCCACUUCUGCUACGGACUCUAUCGCCACUGUUGGUUCUUUCGACCACGGAUUUUUGCAAGUGUGGCUACA